AGCCUUUGACGGAUAGAACCCGUUGCCAACACCCGUAUAUUACACAGUAUUCUACUAGUUUGUUAAUAUAUACUUACUUUGAAGUCCGGUCAAACAACAACAACAACAAAAAUAUUCGAGGCGGAAAAUUUGACGCUUAUUAACGCGGAGAACGCCUUUGUGCAUUUUUAUUAUUAUUAUUAUUAUUAUUAUAAUCUUUUUAUUAUUAUUAUUUUUUUUUUUUUGAUAUAUUAUACUAUAUAAUAUAUAAUACAUAAGAAAAUAAUACGAAAAAUGGGCCAUAAUAAAUAAAUAAAAUAAUAAUAAAAAGAAACCAAAAUUAGAAAAAAAAAAAAAAAAACUUAUCGAUAUUAUAUACAUAUAACCUGUAAUACUUAUCGUACUUAUCUGUAUACAUACAGUAGUCAAUGCAAAAGUCGUUUGAGCGCGCAACUGAUAUUAUUAUUAUUAUUUUUUUUUAUAUUUAUAUGUAAAACGUCAAUAGAUCUCCGUUCGAGAUAUUUUUAUCGCGGCACGGACUCCGGGAUAUUUUUGAUAUAGAAGACAGAAAAAAUAAACAUAUAAAAUGCAUUACUGCGGUUCCCGAUAAAUAUCCGUACGUUGCGGAUUCCCAACAGCGGCGGCGAUUCCUCAAACGAUCAAUCUCGUAUUUUCAAUAGAGCGGGUUAUUCUUCCGGCGAACAUCCGAGGAUCGCGAGCUCCACGAGCCCCUUACCCUACAGCGAAAUGUCGAACUUUUCCCUGUUGCACGUUCUCCCGUCCGUCGGCGCGGUGAACUUUAUUAUCUACGAGGCCGACACAAUUCGGGACACUCACCACACCUGUACGAAUCAAAAGUCGUAUUUUUCAGCGGGCUUGGCUUUUAUUACUUUUCAUGGAUAAUGGUCCGAUCGAACGACGCGGGAUUCACAAAGUAUACGCCGACUUGGUAAAACGUAAUGAACAACAAAUUUUGGCCGUUGGUUAUCGUUAGGCGUUAAUUUAAAAUUUAAAAAUUAAGAAAAUUCAACAGUUUCUAAUCGUUAUGUUUUUAUAGUGCACACUUCUCAAAUCCGUACCACACACUUCUAAUUUCCGAUUAAACACUUUGUGUUACGGUUCAAUGGGAAAAAAAAAAAAAAAAUUAGCGACUACAGUUCAGCGUCCUUCUAAAAUUUACGAACGCCCGCCGAAAUAUUUACGAUUUGUAUGCAAUCCGGUUGAACCCUACGUGCUAGAACCAUAUUUAGAAGUACAUGCAGUUCCAUCAGAGUUAUUCUCCGCAGUAUAUUUCUGUUAUACACACACUACCGUACCGGUCAAAUAUCGUAAACGUUCGGAAUCCCUUCGCCGCGCCACUGCGGUCCCGCCCAGCGGCGUGAGUAAUCGUUCCCCACAAUAUGCCCGCAAAACAAACGUUUAAUAUUCCGUUACCGGAUUCGAUCGGUCCGUUUUCCGUACAGCG